CUAUCUAUGUUGUAAAAUUCUGAGACAUAGUGACAGAGUCAACUUUCAAGUCAGAUUUUUCAGUUGUUAAUUGUAAGAAUUAUAACGUUUCAGCCUGUAAGCAAGAUAGUAACAUUUUUUGCAUUAUAUGCAAUUAUACAUAUAUGACCCGUUCUGAAGAAGACCUAAGAAGAAAUUGUAGAUAUACCGUAGCCGUAAGGCCAAUAUUUAAUUGGAGCUGUUUCUCCUAUUUGGGACUGUAGAUCACUAUAUCAAAGCUUCAUUAAAUUGUACUCGGAUCUAGAAAUUUGUUGUCAUGGAUAGUUCAAAUAAUUACGACGAUACUUCUGACUACAAUGAGUUGUUUCUCGCAGUCCAUAAUGGAGAAUUAAAUCUUAUUCAUUCUCUGCUCAAGAAACAUUCGGCGACAGAAACGAUAAACGGCAGGACGUUGCUGCAUGUGGCGGCUGCAAGAGGACAUGCAGAAAUAGCAAAGACACUUUUAGGUAAUGGAGCCACUAUUGGGGUACAAGAUAUUAAGGGCAAAACACCGCUCGAUGUUUCACUGGCGAAAGGAAACGUUCAAAUCCCUAUUGUAAAAGGUGACGUAAAAAUUGACAUAAAAAAUGACGUAAAAAAGGACGUAAAAUAUGACGUAAAAUUUGACGUAAAAAAGGACGUAAAAAAGGACGUAAUUUUUUGGGAUAAAAAAUGACGUAAUUUUUUACGUUAAUUUUUAGUCACUUUUUAAGUCUAUUUUUUAUUAAAAAUUUUUUUCAUUUUCUUUGUCGUUUUCGGAGUUUUUCCGGAAAUCUUUCCAUCUGAAAAGGGAAAAACUGUUUUUGAAUAGUAAACAAUUUGUAUUGUAAAAUAAAAAAGCAGCACAUAAAAUAA